AUGGGCAAAAGGCUGGUAAUCGUGGGUCUCUUCUACAACAUAACGCUGACAUACUUCGCAGAGCACCGGAAACACAGUAUACUUGCCCAUAUAUCUCGAAUACUCCCCAUAGAAAAGUUUACCGAUAUCUGUCAAAAAGUGUACUUUGCUGUUGACAGCUACAGUGAGCUCGAAUUCAUUCUAGCGAAUGGCUACUUGUCAUAUACAUUUUUCGCGUACUUUCUUGCAACACAACUUGGCGUAUACAAAGAAUACAGCAAUCUAUGCUGGAAUAAUCUCGUCAACGCUUUCGCACGGCUUCCGCUGAUGCUUCCAGCAUCAAUACACGCAAUUGCUGUAUUGGCACUUGGGACCUUCAACGCUAUUGAAAACUCCAAGAUGUCGCUGGCCUGGAGCUUCAUCUCAUAUGCUUCAAAUCUCUGCAUAACUCUUGGCUAUCAUCGUGCGCCCACUGACAAGGGAAACAGCCAAGCUCAGCAAACUGAACAGGAAAGCCUCUUUUGGGUGGUGUAUAAUAUGGACAAAGGGCUUUCGCUACGACUUGGUCGGUCUUCUAACCUUCGUGAUCGUGAUAUCACGCUGAAGGCUGAUCCAAAUGAGCUUCGUCGUACCCGCCUAGCAAGGAUCCAGGGUAAAUUGUAUGAUCAGCUCUACAAUCAGGAAGCAUUAUCUAAGCCUGAACAAGAGCGCGAGAAUAUCGCGAGAGCUCUAGCUCGAGAGCUACGAGAGGUAAUCGACGAGACCUAUAUAGAGGUCAUGGAUGCUGAACGAAACAGUGCCUUGACUGAUCCGAUGGGAGCUGUUUAUCUACGUUGCGAACUAAUUUGCAGUUCCUCUUCCCUUGCACUAGUUCUUCGUGCUAUUCCGACCACGUCAGGCCCAGUAGGUAGUGUUUCAGACGAAUGUGUUGCGGUGGCUCGCGAAGUUAUGGAUAUUCAUCAACAAUGUAUGGUCACUAUUCGCGGCUCCAGGGGCAAUGCAUCUAUGUUCCAGAAAUAUAUCAACUGCAUAUUAUUUACCCAAGCUGUUCAGCUACGAGAUCGAGACGAUCUAGCCCGAAUAGAACGGUUCUCGGCGUCAUUGAAACCCGACUCAUACAUCCUUGCGUCACCAACACAUCCUCAUCGAAUCUAUGAGCUUCUCAGUCGAACUGCACGAUUAUUCAUCGAAUCUUCUGCUGAAUCUCUGCCCACAGACUCUGCGUCAACGCUUCCCUUAACAGUCUCCAUCAACGACUUCGAAUUUCCCCAUCUGGGUAUGGAGACAGAGUCGAUGGCAAAUGACAUUCUGAAUGCGGAAGAUCUCCAGGCGUAUUCAUUGAGUGAUUGGUACUACAAUAAUCAACAAAUCAUGGACUUGAUGCACCAGGACGGGAUGCCAUGGGAGUUUUAG